AUGCCGCCUCCACGAUCGCCUCCCCCGACGCCAUCUGCGGUUGACGCUGCCCCCGACGCCACCUCACGCCGCCUCCACGAUCGCCUCCCCCGACGCCAUCUGCGGCCGACGCCGCCCCCGACGCCACCUCACGCCGAUGCCAUCUGCCACCGACGCCAGCUCACGCCGACGCACCAGACAGCGACUGCCCCGACACGAUCUGCCCUGACGCCAUCUGCGGCCGACGCCGUCGCCACGUUGCGACCGACGCCAUCUGCCACCAACGCCACCGUGCCGUCGUCCCCCAGGGCCGGCCCUGAUCCCAUGGCACGAGGCUUCACAAAGACCUUAUCAGAUCUUACAAAAUUUACUUGGCCGAUCGGAAACCUUGCCCUCCUACAGUACUUGUUUUGGGAGAAAGUGCAGCCACUGGAUGAUGAGGCAUUUGAUCCAUUGGCUCAUGAAUAUCCGUUGAUGCUUAAUUGGUCAGAAGAUGAGGCUAAGAAGCGUGACGCGUACGACACGUCAUACGGCCGUGGUAAUGGGACGAUUGAUGACGUGAUAAGUGAGAAGUACAGGCAGACAUUAAUUGCUCAACAAGGAAGAAAGGCGGAGGAAGAAUUAGAGCAAGAAUUAGAGCAAGAAGAUCGUGCCCAAAAAAAGAAAGAUAAUAGAGAUGAGGCUUCAUCGAGCAGGGAUAGUACAUUAGAUCAAGUGAUGAAAUGCAUCAAAGAUAUGCAAAAAGAAAUUAGACUUCUCCCUCAAAAAUGUGCUGAGAUAGUAGUGGAGAAGCUGGAGAAGAAAGGUCUUGUAUUCAAGCCAAACAAGGGGUCUGAUGAUGACAUUGAGUUUGUGGAGCAUAGUGAAGACUGGGUGGGGAAGUAUGGUCCAUCAAAAUACAAAUCAUCAAAAUAUUGGACAGAUGUAAAAUCAACUCCUGCAAAAGAAGAUAUGGACAACAGGGUGGACGCAUCCUUCACCACUGGGAACGGGAAUAAAUUGGCGCGUGAGAAAGGUGUGCAUCACAACACACCUGGUACAGGAGAUGAAGGCAACCCCUUCGUUAUUGAGGACAAUGGUAAUUCACCCAACCCAUCUCUUGCGACGGUAGACACGAAUGACUUUCCGGCUAUUACUUCAAGCCCCAAGAAUAUGAAUGAAGUGUCAGACGGGUCUAGCGCCGAUAAAUCUGAGGAGAUUAGUAUGGAUAGUCUGAACACCCGUAUUAAAAAUGCGAAAGAAAAUGGCACUCCGGAGAAUGAUGGGAAGGAGAAUGAUGGGAAGGAGAAUGAUGGGAAACGUCUGUUUGGUAUAAGAGCUGCUAUGAUUAAUACUGAUUACAUUAAUGAGGAUCACAUAGAGGCCGCGAAGGUUUAUAUCCGGACACUGGCAGACUCGGAGAAGCUUUGCAGCAAAACUGUGGUGCACAUGACGGGAAUUGGUGGGGAAACAUGUACACCUGAAAUGCUUGAAGCCAUCAUUUCGAAAAAGUGGUUGCACGGUGGUGUCAUCAAUAGUUAUUGCAACCAUAUGCAGACCCAUAAUCCUCGUGCUGACCAUCACAUAUUAUCAUCUUGGGUGUCCCACUGGCUUAUUCUUCGUGCUGAUGGAAAGGUUAACAACUCUAAGAGGCAUUUUAUGGAUCACUUCACAAACCAAACUAAAAUGGUGUCUAGAGUUACUGAAGAGUAUUUCAUCAAAGAUAAGAGGGCAGAAAUAGUAAAUGAUACAAAGGAGGUGAAUGCUCUUAUUGAAACGGAACAUCCUGACGUAUCAUCCUGGCCAAUAAGGGAGUACGAUAUGCCGUCACAAACAGACCGAGACUCUUGUGGUCUUUUCGUGAUGAAAUGCGUUCAAAACUGGGACGGAGAUGAUUGGACAUUUGAGUUUGAUCAAGAUGAGGUUAAUGCUUCAAGGGGAUGCAUUCUAGCUGAAAUACUUUUUUCAGAGUGCAACACGAAGGAAGUAGUGAAAGAGAAGAUCCUCAAGAUCAUGGAGAAGAAAUGA